CCGUGUCAGAGCAUCAACUUGUGUGUUUAUUCGUUUGCAUAGCACCUACAUGAUUUACGAUAACAUUUUAUAAUUAAACCACAAAUGAAUCGUAUCGCGGAGUUAUUAUUUGCCUGACACCUCAGAUAUUGAAGCUACUCAGUCUAACACAAGCGAGCAAUCAAAAUGGUAACCCGGGAAGAGGAGCCGCUUAAGUCAAAGCCAGAACAGAAGAAGAGUUUGAGGGAGAAGUACCAGUAUAUAAAAGAGAAUAUUACAGUAGAGCCUGUUCUAGCAUGCUACGUGGUACCAGGGAUGCUAGCGAGGCUGGCAACACAAAACUUGUACCUGGACAAAGCUUGCCGUGUCAACAUUAACUAUGGAGACAAAAUCUGUAGCGCCCUCGUCGCUAAAGAAGGAAACCUUUACCAGGACGAGGAAAGAGCAGUACAGGAACUCAUAGCAGGAAUGGAUGUGUGGAAGAACAUCCUGCUAACCUCAAUCCCUAGUUUCCUCAUCCUUUUCCUAGGAGCUUGGAGCGACCGAACCGGGAAAAGGAAAAUAUGCAUCCUACUCCCAAUUAUUGGAGACCUACUCAUGUGUAUAAGCAAUAUUAUAAAUGUGUACUUCUUUUACGAGUUGCCGGUUCAAGUGACAAUGUUUUUUGAGGCAUUCUUUCCUGCUGUCACUGGAGGUUGGAUCGCGACAUACAUGGGGGCUUUUAGUUACAUCAGUGAUGUAUCCAGUGAAGAAUCGAGGACAUUUAGGGUUGGUGUCGCGAAUCUCUGUCUGACUGCUGGAAGCCCUAUAGGGUCUGCGCUAAGUGGGAUCUUGUUGAAGCAAAUAGGAUACUAUGGAGUGUUCACCUUAAGUUCCAUAUUGUACAUAUUCAGUAUUUUCUAUGGAUUCUUCUAUAUAAAAGAUCCCGAAAGACCAGUUCAGAAGAAAAAAGAUGAGAAUGAAUCUACGGGAUGUUUUGCUUUCCUCAAGUCCUUUUUCGCCAUAAAGCAUGUUAAGGAUACAUUGACAAUUGGAUUCAAGGAAGGUCCUAACAACAGACGAAUUAAGUCCAUAUUGGUGAUGUUAGCUAUUGCUUUCAUAUAUGGACCAGCUUACGGCGAGUAUACAGUGCGCUACCUAUUUUGCCGGUCAAGAUUCAACUGGGACGCGCUAAAAUAUAGCUUUUACAACACAUUCUACAUUUGUGUACAUUCUGUAGGGGCCUUGAUCUCAAUAAGUGUGUUCAGUCGACGUUUUGGCUGGGAUGAUUCUACGCUUGGCAUCAUUUCAAAUGUGAGCAAGAUUGCUGGAGGUCUAGCUACUGGCCUGGCCAGGACCAGCACUCAAAUGUAUUUCGCUGUGGCAAUCGAGACCUUUAACGCAACUUCUUUCACUGCAUUAAGGUCAAUCUCGUCCAAAUUGGUCUCCAGUGAUGAAUUAGGUAAAAUGAUAUCCCUGUUCAACCUGAUGGAGAUCGUCACUUCCAUGGUUUUCGGCCCCAUCUACUCGUGGGUAUACAUGGUGACUGUCGCCGUGGACACCGGAGUCGUCUACUACAUCAGCACUGCCAUGACUUUUGCUCCUGUGUUCAUAUUCUGGUGGUUCUUCAAAGAAAACAGAAAAAUGUGCCGUGAGAAGAGAGAAAAACAAACGCAAUUGAAAGCCUUGUCUGCGAAAGAAGAAGCUUAAAAUCUGUCGUUAAAUUGUAAAUAUGAUAAAUAAAAAAAAUAAAAAAAUUAAUUAAACAGCUGAUGAUGUAUGUCCCAGGCCUCCCCUUAAUCAACCAGAGGGGAAACAACCAACCAUACACCAUCAUCAUCAUCCCCCUAGAAUUAUCCUGUUUUUCACAGGGUCCGCUUACCUAACCUGAAGAUAUGACAGGUCCGGUUUUUUACGGAAGCGACUGCCUGUCGGACCUUCCAACCCGUGAAAGAAAAACCAGCCCAAUACAGGUUAAGUCACUUCGAAAAUGCAUUAAUCGUGUGUGGAAUGUAUGUGUGU